AUGAAGAACUCGCACGAUUUAUUUUGUACACAAUCCACUUCAACAGAAGUAAGGAUCCAGCUACUCAAAGGACUGUCUUGUCUUUGUUACUUAACUGAAAUCAGUCAAGAAAAAGCACAAGAUUUAAAUCUAACAAGCAUUCUUCUUGACCAUCUUGAUGAAAACAAGGAACAGCCAGAUGCAGACAAUGCAUGCAAAUUCUGGAAUUGUUACUUUCUGGCAGUUCUUUGUUCUAACAAUAGCACCUGUAUUACAGCAGUUCACAGAGCAGGAGGUGAAGUGGUGGAGAAGUUGCACUUGCUGUCUCAGUUGGAUUGGUCUGCCUGGCCAGCUAAUUAUACAACAGCACUUUCUUCCCUUCUACAGUCUCUGGCAGGAAUGACUGUUAACUAUGAAUAA